AUGAACAGAAUCCAGAGUUAUGGUGUCUGCAUGACUCUGAGCAUCCCAGAAGGGUGGAGAUAUUGGUGUAACCAAGUGUCUGAACAUGAACAUGAACAUGAACAUGAGUAUUAUUAUGAAUACAAGUAUUACGCAGCCCACUGUAUAUUGACGUCGUCUACUGCAAGAAACUCACAGCUGUACACAGCACCUGCCUUUCAGUCGAUCUCUUCUGAUGUGUGCUACGUACUAGGAAUAUCUGACAAUGGAGGGUCUACUAGUGAGCUAUUACGUGUCUUGGGUGGCCCCAGUAUUGGUGACAUACGUUCCCGCCUUAUCCGUCUUAUAAACGUCAACCAGUCUGAUUCUGUCGAGCUUCGGGCAAUUAAAGAUUUGCUCAAUUAUCGCUUACCAUCUGAUGGCCAGGAACAUGCCAUUUUAAACGAAUGGUCUCUUAUUGUCGAAGGCCGUCAUCGACUAUGGAACAACAUAUCGACCGAGAAGAAAGAAGCCAUCCGCGGGUUUUUAGUUCUAUUCAACUUCGAAAUCUUAAAAAGAGCCUACAAACAUUUCAACUAUCGAAACGGUAGCAUCGGCAAUUUCUUUCUUACAGGUGCCCGUCUAUUCUUUGGGUCCCUAGAGGCUGCCAUCUUUCUCUUUUCAUCAAUCACGGCCAUCCGCGAGCCAACCCACGUUGUACCAGUCAUCAACACUAACCACACCGCUGCAAUCGCCGCACGGCUAGAGAAUGGCGAAGUUUUGCAUGGUCAAUGUGAUAUUAGCCACCCGGGCGAGAAUGGUGCACCAAAUGUCCGACUGAUGAACCCGAUUGACGCAUUUUCACGCCUUGCUUUACCAGGCUCCCCAGACCCAUAUGAAGACGAUUGUACCCAAAACAACGGUAACCUGGUGUUCAGCAAAACUACCGAAGAAAGACUACCGGCUGUCAUCGACCGAGUCUAUUAUAUCAACGAAUACGGACAAGAGAUAUAUCCAAUACCAAAUCCAAAGGUCAUCGUCCAACUGGCAACCAGUACCACUCUGGUUUACUCUAUCGGUUCACUGUACACCUCAAUCCUACCAUGCCUUAUCUUGCGUGGAGUCGGAAAUGCGAUUGCCCGGUCACCAACCCUGAGACACAAGGUCCUGCUUCUGAAUGGCCACAACGACAGAGAGACAGGCGACUUUUGUGCAAUUGACUUCAUUCAGAAGAUUACCGAGGCAUUGAACGAAAGCCAAUUGAUUGAUGCAAGAAGGCAGUAUUAUGAUCGUAAUCAGCCCUAUAACUUUGGAACAAACACAUCUCCCAAGGAAGCGGGAGGUGCAGGCAGUCUGGAGUUUGAGUAUCUUGGUCACCAGGCUAAUUCUGGCCAGCACGAAGGAUAUCCCUUGGCAAACUCUAGUGUUCCUCGUCCUCAAAAAGUAACCGACCAAAACACCGACCUGUUUAGUGUACCACCAUUUCCAAGCGAUCUAAUUCCGUAUUCACCCCCUCGGACAUUCAUUACUCAUCUUAUCUAUCUUUCGAAUUCAAAAAUCUGUGUGGAUGUGGAGGAGAUAGAGAAACUUGGGAUUAAAUGUAUCUCGAUUGAACCAGAAGCUGGCCUUGAACCAGGUUAUAGUUCUGCCAAGCUAGAGAUAUUGCUACCAAAAUGUCGUCCAAUCAGAAAUCAGAUUUCACUCUCACAGGAACAAAAUACCGCCUCAAAGUUCUUUGAUUAUAAUAUCUACUCCAGUUAUGCAAAGGAUUAUAAGGGGUUGUUGUCAUUAAAGUGUGACGCAAUCUUGUUUGACAUUUUACUAUUUAUUGGCCUUCUUACAUGUAUAAUGUCUUUGACUUUCUUUUACAUAUAAUACCAAAAAGUAGCCCAAGAUAUAGAGUCAUGGCAGGCCGUCCCAGGAAAAGAUCAUUUUAGAACGGAUAUAACUUUUGGUCCGGGAGAAUCAAAAUGUCAUUCCCCACCAGGAAACGUUGUCUGCCUAGGGUUAAUAUUUUAUUCUCGAAAUAUGAAUGGCUCGUUUGAAUUGAACAAUCACACAAGGGGCCCAUUUCUUAAAUAUUUCAUGGAAAUGUCCUAUCAGAAAAUGUCCUUAUACAUACUUUGAGGGUGCUGUUAAUAAAAGCAAGCAGAGGACACGAAGUAGUACCAAGACUAAAAACAAUGAUCUGGAAAAGAAUCAAAUAAUGCUAGCUUCAACACUACUGCAAACAAUUCUAGCAUUAUCAAUUGUGGCACAGGUACUUGCUUUACUAGCGAACACUGCCUGCCCAACACCAAGGAAAACGCUCUCAAGUCUACACCAGCCUUGGCAAAGUUAAUUAUGAGCAUGGCAAUAGAAAGGAGGAUAAAGAGGAUACAAUACCAUCUGAUUUAACAAUCGACCAUCACCCCUCCUUUGUACUUGUGAGUACACCCUUUAUGCAAGAUAAGGUGAAGCCUCAACUGGUACUGAAGCCGACGAAUGUGACUCAAAAUUGAUCAUUGAUGGCAUCUGUAUAUCCAAUUUUCCGCCUCAAUUUGUAAAGUAUAACAACACAGACAGUAAACCUGCGGAUAGUCCUUAUCGAGGUCCAAGAACUAGUAGCUUCUCCACCAUCGCUGAGCAGUUUUAGGAUCUUCAGUAGUUGACAUGCCAUAUUCAAUUGGACCAUACGUUAAUUGACAAUUUUCACUAUAUAUAUUGCUUUGUUCAUUUUCAUAAUAAGAACAAAAGGAAAAGAGUUUAUCUCGUAACCCUACAAGAGAUAUUAUAAUAAUAAUAAAAAAAACUUUGUCAGAAAAACU